AGUGUUUACUUCCGCCCGGCCUGGUCGGGUGGUAGAGGGGUGAUGCACGUGGGGUUCCCUGUGUGGAGUUGGCCGACGAUGUAAGCACCCUGGGUGACAUAGGGACAGACUUCAGAGGGUGAGGAUGUGGGUCCCAGUCGCGGGGCUUCCUCCGCGGCUGACGCUGUCAGCCUUGACCGGCGCCUGUCGCUUAUGCAUUUUGGGAUCUGGAGCGGCGAGACGGAAGGACGUCCUAGCGAGGGACCGCCGGGGUUUGUCUGACUUCCACCCGCAGCUCUUGCCCAGUCUGAGUUUCGGAGACUCGCCCUCGUGGGUGACCAAGUGCCGCUUAGAGCCCAGGCGUUAUAUAACAAGCCCGAGACUGGCUGAGACCUUGGUACAGGUCCUGCGGGGAGGCCGAGAAAAAACUUGCCAGCUAUUUCUGGAGUGCAAUCCGGGUCCUGGAAUCUUGACUCAAGCAUUACUUGAAAACGGUGCCAGAGUGAUUGCCCUUGAAAGUGACAGAACUUUUAUUCCACAUUUGGAGUCCCUAGGAAAAAAUCUGAAUGGAAAACUAGAAGUGGUCCACUGUGACUUCUUUAAACUGGAUCCUACAAAUUGUGGAACAGUAAAACCUCCCAUUAUGGUUUCAAAGAUGCUUUUUCAGAAUUUGGGAAUACAAGCACUUCCUUGGUCAAAAGGUAUCCCUUUAAAAGUAAUUGGAAUCUUCCCAAUUAAAAAUGAGAGAAAGACGCUUUGGAAACUUUUACAUGACCUAUAUUCGUGUACUUCUAUAUAUAGAUAUGGACGAGUAGAACUAAAUAUGUUUAUUAGUGAGAAGCAGUGCCAGAAACUAAUGGCAAAUCCCAAAAAUCCAAAUUUGUAUCAGGCAUUAAGUGUGCUCUGGCAAGUAGCUUGUGAGAUUAAGCUUCUGCAUAUGGAGCCUUGGUCAUCAUUUGACAUAUACACCCAAGAUGGGCAACUGGAAAAGCCGAAGCGUAGGGAAUCAUUAGAAGAAGUACAGCAAAACUUAUGUUUAAUUCAAUUGACUCCUCGUAGAACUUUAUUUACAGAAAACUUAACACCUAUUAACUAUGAUGUAUUUUUUCACAUGUUAAAGCAAUGUUUUAUGAAGCGCAAUGCCAAGCUGAUAGACCAUUUACAUUCAUUGAGUCCAGUUGAUGCGAUGGAUAUAUUGAAGAAAAUCAAAAAAAAGGAAAAAACGAAAAUAACAAAUUUAUACCCUCGAGACUUUAAACAGCUUUUUGAAACUAUAGAGUGUUCCAAAGAUUAUACCUGUAAAUGGUUAUAUGAUGACUUCUUGGAAGACAGAAUCGUGUAAGGAACUGGACUGCCAAGACAUUAACUGGAAUGUUCAUUUAUUUGGCGAUUAUGACACAAAUGAAAAAGAAUGAAGUUUGUAAAGCUCAGCAUACUUUCAACAGAAGAUAACUGUUCUCGUUUUGCCCAGACUAGGCAGAUCAUUUCUUCUGAAGUUGAUACCAUUAGUAUAUUGGAUAAAACAGCGGCCCCUAUUUUUAGUCACAGCUGAGCAAAAUGAAAACUUCAAUUAAUUGUGGAUUUGAUCAGAUUGGAUUUGUUUUAAUUUCUUAUCUACUGUAAACAUGCUGGUAGUUGUAAGGUAUUACCAGGUGUAAUUUAGUUUUUAAAAUCCUUUUGCCCAAAUAUCAUACAUUGUAUUAAUUUAAAUAUUCCACUUUCACUGUUGAUUUUUGCAUCCUCUUGGGAGGCAAAAGAGUUUGUAUAUUGUUAAGCUUAGAAAGUAAAUUAAACUGAUUUAAGUGGUUUGUUUUACUUUUCAGUUUGUUGAAGUGUAUUAUGAAGUCUGUACAAUGAAAUUAUUUAAAUUUUAAUAUUGUAUAAAUUUUUUUAGAAAUUAAAAUAUUUUAAGAAGUAA